GCAACGGAACACAUUUGUGGUCAUAUGACCAUUAUGUUUUCAAGCCCCUCCCAUUUCCCCUUGGCCAUGAAGGAGUGGACCUCAUGGUGCUGUGAACACCACACACAGUUUUCCCUUGACUCACCGUCUGUGUGGAUUCAUCAUUACGUGAUUGGGCGUCGCUAGCGGGAAGGGCGUGAAGCUCCGCGGCGCGUGACUACAUGACAUUCCGUGACUACAUGGCAGAUUUCUAAAGCCGUCUCCACAUUCACUGGCUCAUUCUCUCAGAGAGCACACAGCCGACAGCCAUGGACAUCUGCUUUCUUCUCUUCGUGUCUUUUCUCUCCGUGUUUCACUUCAGCAGUGCUGACCAGCCGUUGGAGGAAGUAAUAAUUGUAGCAAGAAAUGUGGAGCUGCUCGGCGGCUGGACUCUCGCCAAUCCCGAGAGGAAAGAUGUUCAAGAGGCUGCUAAAGAAGCUGUGGAGGCGUUCAACACAAAGUCCAAAGCAAAGAAAUACUUCAAACUCAUCAAUGUCACAUCGGCCAGCACUCAGGUGACGAAUAAGAUGAACUACAAAAUAGAAGCCACAAUUGGAAAGACAAAAUGCCGCAAAUCAGAAGAUACAGAUAUUCAGGCUUGUGGCAUGGCAAAAAAGCAACUGACAUGUAAGUUUGAAGUGGCCCUCAACCCAAUGAAUGAUGACCAUGAGGUGCAGAAGAUGUCCUGCAGAAGAUCCGAUUAAUUUCACAUGGACUCAAGUCUCUACAGUUUUGUACUUUUGGAUAGCGAAUCACACAUUCUUUAUCUUGACAUUUUCUUUUUCCUGAUGAUAUAGCUUAUUUAAAAUGCAAAACUUCUGUAAAAAAAAGGUAAAAUGUUAAUAGAACAAAAUCUCCCUUUGAAAGGAAUUUUAUAUAUUGUUACAUACCCAAAAUACUUUUUUGUGAAGAUGAUCAUUUUAUAGUAAAGAUUAUUAUUUAUUGAUAAGAUUAUUCAAAAGCAAAUUAUGUAAUGCCAAAUUAAUAUUUUAAAUUAUACAUUUUUCCAAGAAGAAAUGUUUGAGUUUAGAAUCUCUCAUUGACAGGCGUUUUACAGAACACUUCAGUUACAGUAAGCCAGUUGGAAUUUAUGAAGUCAUAUGUUUUUGAAACUGAAACUUUUUUUUAAAUGGCAUUUCUAAGAAUAAAAUCUUG